AAUGAGUGAGAGGACAGAGAGAAACAAAGAGAGAGAGUCACACCUUGAGGAAGUUAACAAAACAAUAGAAGGAGAACAAACGGCACAUCAUAUUGAAGGUAAAAAUGCUUGUUUUUGUUAAACUUCCAUUAUAUUUUAAUGUCACACCUUAUUUAUAAUACGAGAAAUUUUGCUGAAACACUAAACUUUAACGUGCCCUGCCUUUCAAUUUGGUGUUUUCAGCUGACCACUUGAUAUUUACCACUCAUUUGAAUAUUUUCUAAAUGUUUCUCCAUAGGAUGGGACUUGUGCAAUGUUUUGUGAUUGUCUUGAUGUUAUCUGCACAGUUGGUGUUUCUCUCUCCACUGACAGUGGGGACCGAGUAUUACACAAUGCAUGGCAGAAUGUGUAAAAUGUGCCCUGCAGGUGAGUAUCAGAAGUCUUGUACAGAGUGUGAGCCCUGUCCUGCUGGAACCUACACAACUGAGUGGAACCGAGAAGACAGCUGCCAUCGCUGCUACGGAGACUGCAGACCAGAUUUUCACGUGAAGGUGGUUCAGAACUGCACCAGCAAGUCCGAUGUGAAGUGUAUCUGUAAGGAUGGUUUCAGAUGCACUGACUGGGUCCCAUACUCAACAAACUGCAGAUACUGUGCCAAGACCCAGGAAACAACCACAACUGCAGCUGUUAUCUCAGGAAAAGAUAAACACACGCCUUCCUCAGCUUCCCCGGGACAGAGCAGCACUUCUGCCAAACCCUGCCUAUUUCCAAAGUGCCCUCAGUCAGUCCCACCGGCAGAGAAUGGCACACACAAAACAGACAAGAUGAGCAGUCAGCUGGCAGCCGUCUUGUGUCCAGUGGUUGCCAUGGGAUGCGUGGCCCUUGUGAUCCUGUUCUUUGUUCGUCGCCAUGGAGAUGAAUCAUGUUUCAAGCAAGCUAUUGCAAAGCUAUGCAACGAGGGAGGUAGAGAUGCUUCACACAAGCCGAAGGAGUCAACUCAUCAGUUCCCCAGAGACUCAUUCAGUGCAAAGCAGCAGCCAUCAUCCCUUUCAGCAGCCAAUCUGGGUCCAGUCCAUGUUCACAAUCCGGGGACAGUCAUCUUCAGCUUGCUCAGUCAGUUUACAGGCCAAGUUGGUCCAACACUUGAAGGUGGGAAGACGGCCAAAAGAGAGAGCAGCGAAGACGAAGACGAGAGAGACUGUCCUGUGUUUCAUCCCACAUCCUCUCCCAGUGUUCAUCUCUCUGAGGAGGAGAGAAGCGGAGAGAUUGACAGCAUUUUUUUCCCCUCCCAGGAGCAGGGGAAGGACUGCCAUGUGUCCAAAGAGGAGGUGCUAAAAUCGUAAAAAUCUCAGGAGAUUUGUGUUGGUGGUUAUGACCGCUGCUGUCCAGACUGAUCCUAAAAACAUUCUUUUAAAGGAAGGAAGUGUAAAACUGAAACCACAGAUGAGUGUGGAGCAGAUGUAUCUUCCUAAAUUACAGUGUUCUACAGAGAUGUUUUCGUCAGCAGGUUCUGGAGAAACUUGUGGUCAGUGCACACAAGAAACAUUAACUCUGGGAAGAACAGCUGGGGAUGAUCUCAUUUGUAAGUUAUAAUUUCAUGUAAAUACUCUUUAAUAAGCUCUCUCAGCUCUUUCUAUAGUAUUAGACUUGAAUGUUUAAUGUUUUGAAUAAAUAUUAGGCAUUUCGAUUACAAUAAAAUUUUAUUUUGAAUUUAAAAAACUACGUAGAAAUGUAUGUAAUUUAAAAACAUUCACAUGUGAUAUGUAUAAUCUGAAUGCAAAACUUCAGCAAAAAUUAUAUUCAUAUAUACACAUAUAAAUGUAAAGAUUGUGAAAUAUCUUUAACUUUUGUGUACCAUAGUACAUACCACGGUUUAGCAACAUGCAUAACCAUCACAGUGUCACACUCUGUAUUUUCAGUGUCUUUCAGAUACUUAAUCUCUGUGAUUUAUACACUUUUAUCAUCUUAACGUCACAGAUGUCAAACAGUCAUGUUUCCUUUCAGGAAACAGCAUCAGUCUUGAACUGUUUUCGGUGGCUCCACUCGUCACCAUGGACCAAGUGACAUUUCCAAGUGUGUGACAAUUCCUCCAUUUCUCAUAAAUGUCCAAAGCAACAAGAGAUGUUUUGCAUCUGGAGUGUCACUAAAUGUCCGCCUGUGAAAUUCUUGCUAAUCCAAAUUCAGGCUCUAGUCCUUAACUCAUACAUCAAUAGGUUGGUCACAUUUUCCACACACUUCCUGGACAGGCGUGGAUACUUCAUCGUCCUGGCAGCAUGGUGGUACUGGUGCAGGUUUUUUAGCCAAAAAGUAGCCUGAGCAACAAGAGAAUAGGGAAAGGUUUUUUUUAGGAAUAUAUUAGAUUUAAAAUGCAAGGUAAUAAUCACAUUAGAUAAUAAAACCACACAUUUUGUGCCCAUUAUAAAAUGAUAAAAAGUACUAUGCUCAGUGUACUUCUUGUAGUUGUAUAUUGCUGCUGGGUUUUCUGCUCCAUGGUAAUAAUCUACUGACCGUGCUUGGCUCUGAUCCAGCGCAGAAAGGGUUUGAUUUUUGUUACAACAAUAAGUGCAAAUCCUGCACACAGGAGGGCAAUUAUCACCAGGAACCACACCGUAUCUGUAAGAGAGACUUUUUAAAAAAAAUGUUUUGAUGAACACCCAUUGCAGAAAGUAUUCAGUUAUUUCCUUGUUGUAAUCCAGAUCCAGUAGCUUACUUUACCUCUGAGUGGUUUACGGGGUACCCAGAGUGUGGUGAGGGUGACAGGUUUCAGGGCUGGGGGGGAAGAGAUUAAAAAAAUCAGCUCAGUGCAGACACAUUUAAUAGUUCAAAGGAAAUAUGAAACUGUUCACGGUUCAGGUUAGUCAGUGAGCUCACUCUGAUGUCCCUUAUUUUAACACUCUGAUCAGGAAGUCUAUUUAUAAUCACAUAACACGAUUUAUAAUUAACUUGCCACCUUGUGUGCAUGACCUUACUCCAUGAAAACUGCAAACUAACAGUCCCUAACUCAGGUCAGAACAUGUUAAGACUUUAUCAACAUUAUUAUCAACUUAUUUAUUUGUUUUAUUUAGCACAGAACUGUUUCAGUUGAUCUUGGCAACCAUUCAAGAAUGCUGUACAGUAUGUUGCUAUGGUUACAGUACUCUCUGUAGUGCUGCAACAUGUUGCCAUGGUUGCAGUUCUAGUGUUCUAGUUUUGAAGCAGUGAUGAACAGGGGAGCAGCUACGAAUCCUGAGCCCCUUAAAAGAACAACGACCCCCUUUUUUAUGGAGCAGCUCGAGUGUCAAAUGAUGAAACAGAUGGAGCAAAAAUGAUCAUGGAAGAAAUCAGUUCCACAGUCUAAAUAUGUUCCUCUGACAGCUGAAUCUACUGUCCUUUAGAGCAGUUUUAAUAGAUUUUGCCUGCCAGCAUUAUCAUUCAUUAGGAGUCAUGUUUCAUGUUUCUCACUCUCCUUUUAGCUCUGUUUUGUUCUCCGCCAACUCCUGAGGGACAUAUCUGGCUCUUUAGUUGCUAAAUGCUCUACUAUGUUCACAAGCCAGUCUCUAACUAAUCACUGUCUGCAGGUGUUUCUGCAGGUAGCGUACAGUGGGUUUAUCAGAGCUUUUCUUUUGCUGGAAACAAGGUUGAAUGAAGAGGGUGAACCAAAACAAUAAAGUUACAAACCAAAACAAUGAACUGAAAGACACUAAACCGGGGUGAUAAUUAUCUGUAGGUUUGUCACAACAAGCAACUCACAUACAAGUAGUCAUUUGACCCAUUGUCAAUAUAAAAAUAUUGGUUAGUGCAGCUUUAAAAUAUCCUGUUGAUAAUCAAGUGCUGAGAGCAAUCCUGUGUCCAGGCCUGCAUUAAGAAGUUGUUUCCACAAUAUAUGGAUCUUGUUACUACAACAUUAUAUCUUGUUCCAACCUGUCAUCAUCUUUUUCUCACAAAACUUAACAUACGAGUCUUUUGAACUUCUUCUUUAUGUUUUUUAAUUUAAAUAAUCAGCUAGAAUUUAUGUUGUUCCACUACGGCUACAGUUGUAACCACCCCUCAGGCAAUAGCAGCAAAAAUAAGCAGGAUUUGUGUCCCAUGAAAAGUUCUGGUGAUCAAUUGCUGGUUGUAUAUUAUCUCUCAUUUAAUGCACAGCAUUAAAAACUACACAAACCAAGUUAUUUAAUGAGUAUCUUAUCUUAAAAUCUUGUUUUGUCUGCCCUCCAGUGGUGGUUGGUUCAACCUGUACACUUUAACAUGUGGUUAUGGGUUAUGACUGCACUUCUGACCACACCCAACAGUGAUGUUGGUUGUGGUGCAACAGAUGCUGAACCAGAAAGGUUAGAGAAACAAUUUACAGUAAUAUGGUUACUUCUAUGGUAACCUUUCAUCCUGGUGUUAAGUUUGUUUCCCAGUGUUUUCCAUAUUAUAUGUAGAACCAAAAUUUAAUUUUUCAUGUUUUUAUAGUUUGUGUUUUCAAACAUCUGUAUGGACAUUGAGGUGAAUGUGCAGAUUGAUGUAAUGCUGCAGCUAACUCUCUGGUGACUCAAAAAACCUCAAUUUGUAAUGCACAAGGGGUUACAGAUAUUUGCUGCUAUUUCAAGAGCUAUGUGUCAAAUUUGGUUGAAUGUGCGGAGUACGAGUAUCCUACCUGUGGUGGUAGUGAUUACUAUUGGCACGCACUGUGUGCAGGGUUGGUCUUUGCAUUUGAAGCCAGCUUUACAUCUGCACACAGCCUGAUGAGUGGUGUCACAUUUUGACUCAUACUCCAUGUUUGCUGUAAAACAACAACAACAAAUAGCAACAGUUGUCAUUAAAAGAUAAAGUAUAAUCAUAA